AUGGUUGAUGAGUGGAAGAUUUUCAAGCAAAUGUUUAGCAACUACGCUAUUAUCGCUGAAUUAUCUAAGAAGCCUAAAGAAUACCAGAAGGCAGUUCCAGAAGGCAAGAAUGACAAGACUGGUAAGAAGUACAAGAUACAUUGCAUUGUAAUCAGAGAAGAUGGAUUGACACCUCUUCUGAGUGGGCAUGCAGCAGAACAGAUGAAGCUUCUCACUGUCCGUUAUGAGAACUUUGAGACAGUGAACUUAGUGUACUCUCAAGUUGUGAUGGAUGAAUAUCCUAAAGUGUUUGAUUGCUCAAAGGUUGGCAGUUUGCAGGGAAAGAAGAUCCAUUUGACGCUGACAGAGGAUGCAAGACCAACAGUAAGACCAGCUAAGGUAGUUCCGAAAACACUUAGGAACAAAGUGAAAGCGGAACUAGAUGAGUUGGUGAGCCGAGGGAUUAUCUCAGAAGUGACAGAACCCACUGAUUGGGUGAACCAAAUGGCCAUAGUCCAGAAGAAGUCUGGGAAGAUGCGUCUCUGUCUAGAUUCCUCGACCUCCUCGACCUCCUCGACUUUUGAAUCGAGCGAGCACUACUCAUUGCCAGUGCUAGAUAACAUCCUACCCCAGCUGUCACAGGCAAAGGUUUUUUCCAUCUGUGAUUUAAAGGAUGGGUACUUUCACUGUCUUCUAGAUGAAGAGUCAAGCUUGCUAACGACAUUUGCUACGCCGUGGGGAAGAUAUAGAUACAAGAGGCUCCCAUUUGGCCUGAAUAUUAGCAGUGAGGUGUUCCAGAGGCGUCUGCAUCAAGCGCUUGAUGGCUUGGAUGGCGUACGUUGUGUUGCAGAUGACAUCAUCGUCUGGGGCGCUGAUGUGAAGGAGCAUGAUAGUCGUCUUUGCAGCCUACUUCGAAGGUGUCGGGAGAUUGGAGUCGUACUCAACAGGGACAAGUGUCAGUUCCGACUAGCCGAGAUCCAUUUCCUGGGUCAUGUCAUCUCACGCAAUGGGUUGAAGGUAGAUUCAUCAAAAACUGAAGCCAUACUUCGUAUGGAGUCUAGCUCCACAGAACAAAGAUGA